AUGCUUCGGCAGACACUACUCCAGCUGCAUCAGCUUGCGGGCCGCCGCGCCUUCACACAGCAGACAGCAAUGGGCCUGCGCAUGGCGGACAGACUGCAAACGCCCAAACCAGUGCUGCAACAACAGCGUGUCUAUCGACAGCAGGACGGCCUGCCGACACCCAAUACCUAUGCGUCUCUGACUGUGCGUGUAUCGAAUUUGCCUCCGACGGCAACAGCAGCAGAUGUUCGCAGCCGGCUAACCUCAAUAAACUUUGCGUCCAAGAUCCGGUGGGUCCGGUUUGAGUACGACUACACUCUGCGGGCGCUGAACUCGUGCCGCACGCAGUUUGCCGGGUCGACGGUGCGUGCAGAUUUCGUUGCCCUUGACAGUGUCCCGAAUCCGACUGUCAGCCAGUAUUUGGGCGGCGCACAGGGCAGGCUUGUGUUUUUAUCUGGGCUGCCACAGUACUCGAACGUGCACUCGGUGCGCGACGUGUUUAAGGAGUAUGACCUGGUAGACACGUCGCUCCCGGCGGUGCAGCAGGCGCCGCAGAUGGGCAAGACCUUCCUGACGCGCAAGGGCGCUUUCAUAAUGCAGUUUGCCACGCCCGCAGAGGCCCGCCGGUUCGUCCGUGAUGUCCAUUUGACCGAGUUCAGGGCCAAAAGCGACGAAUCUGAGACAGAUGCAACCGACGACAGCAAGGUGCAGCCAGCAAAAUAUCUCAUGAAGGCACUCCUGAUCCAAUAG